UGCCAUACCGAUGCGACUUUUGCCAGACGUCAGCACUUGCCGCUUCAAAAGUUUGAACUUUGGGGGUUCGUUAGAGGUUAUUUACUUUUUUCCCUUAUUUUAAUCCGCGUGAAUGAAACUCGCAUUAUCUAACAAUGGAAAACGAGAGUGUGUUAUCAUGUUCGGUGAAUAUCGAGUGGUCGAACCCCCAAGGCAUCAUCCAGCGAAAACUGGCCCACAAGAGCGCCUUCCUGCGCCUAAUUCGCAACGAUGCCCGUGAAAUCUUCAUUGAAGUGACCGCAGGCAAGUCCGUCCCCGUCAAGCUCCAACUGAAAGGCAUUUCCGUCCACAACAAGUUCAUGAGUGAGGGCAAAGCCUCCAUAAAAUUCCAAGAAGAGCACUGCAUGAUGUUCCUAUCAAACGCGCCCCCGAACCAGCUUUUCACCUUCCUGAAGACCGUGUUUGUGAAAAUGACGGGCGGGAAACCGCCCCCGACCUCCCACCAGUCCUUGAGGACUCAAUUACUGUCGAAUAAACCGGCCACGUUUGAGGAAAUCAGUCCCGUGACUACGGCCGAAAUGGACAAGGCUAAGGCCAAGAUUUCGAAAGGGACGGACACGACGCCGUCGCCUUUGAGCCGCAAACGCAAGCUGAGCUCCCGGCCGGGGGCCAAACCCGCCUCCUCCAAGAGGCUGUACGCGGCUUCGCCCACCCCCAACGAGCCCCUGGAUAUCGAGCAGAAGGAGGUGCUGGAGGCUUGCCUCAGCGGACGCAACGUGUUCUUCACGGGGAGUGCAGGCACGGGGAAAAGCUUUCUUUUGAAGAGGAUUAUUGGGGCGCUGCCGCCCGACGUGACCGCAGCCACUGCCUCCACAGGUGUCGCCGCUUGCCACAUCGGGGGGAUCACCCUGCACCAGUUCGCCGGGAUCGGGGCCGGCGAGGCGCCCCUGGAGCGCUCCGUCGAGCUGGCGUCGCGCCCGGGGGCUUACACGGUCUGGCGCAAGUGCAAGCACCUGAUCAUCGACGAGAUUUCGAUGGUUGACGGGUCGUAUUUCGAGAAAAUCGAGGCAAUAGCCCGGAAAGUCAGGCGGAAUGAGCAGCCUUUCGGCGGGAUUCAGUUGAUUUUGUGCGGGGAUUUUUUCCAAUUGCCUCCGGUGGCCAAAGGCAAAACUCCAGUCAAGUUCUGUUUCGAGACGGAGGCCUGGAGUCGGUGCCGAUUGUCGGCGUAUGAACUGAAAAAAGUCCACCGGCAAAACGACGACGAGUUUAUCAAAAUCUUGAAUUGUGUGCGCAUUGGACAAAUUCCUGAAGAUAUGGCGACGAGAUUGGCCGAAACGUCGCGACAGAAUAUCGAAAAGAACGGGAUUUUGGCCACGAGGUUGUGCUCGCACACGCUGGAAGCGAACGCGAUUAACGAAGCGAAACUUAACGCACUGCCGGGCGAAAAACUCGUCUUUACGUCCGAAGACUCACACCCGCAUCUUAUCAAGCAGUUGGAUCAGCAAACCUCCAUCCCGCACACGCUCGAAUUGAAGGUCGGUGCGCAGGUGAUGCUUUUGAAAAACAUAAACAUCGCCACGGGGCUCGUGAACGGCGCUCGUGGAGUCGUCAAAUCCUUCCAAGAAGGUGUUCCCGUUGUGCAAUUCCGUAGCAAAGAAUAUGUCGCAAAGCCUGAGCGCUGGUGCGUCAAAAGCGCCACCGGUGUUAUGCUCACGAGGAAACAGGUGCCCCUUAAACUAGCGUGGGCUUUUUCCAUUCACAAGUCCCAAGGUUUGACGUUAGAUUGUGUUGAAAUGUCGCUAGGAAAGGUGUUUGAAGCCGGUCAAGCUUAUGUUGCGUUAAGUAGGGCCCAAAGUUUAGACACGCUGAGGGUUUUAGGGUUUAAGGCCUCGCAAGUCUGGGCCAAUAAAAAUGUUUUGGAUUUUUAUCGGUCGUUGAACUUGCAGAUGGAGGCCAUGAGACUUAUUCCCUUGGGGAGGAGAGAGGACAAGGCAGCGGUUAAAAAAUCCUACAAACCUAAUGCGAAAUUGAUGAGCAAACCUUUAGUUACUAUUAAUUAAGUCGCGUAUGGAGAAUGAUAUAUUUUACAUUUAGAUUAAGUUUAAAAGUGAGUAUUCGAUUAAUAAAGUAUUAUGAAACGGU